CACAAUCAUGGCGGCCGCUGCUGCAGUCCGGUCGAGCAUGGGGCUGACUUUGAGACUUUCUCGAGUUAUACCGGACUGUAGCUCCUGUCCUCUGUCCAGGUCAAAGAGCUGUGUGAACAGCGCAGCUUCACUACAGAGGAACGGCUCUUUUGACAACUGCCGGACCAUAAACCGACAUUUGCAAACGACCAUAGGACUUUACCACAGUGAGGAAGGGAGCUCCAAUGCAGAGGACCCAGAGGAUGUCGUGAAUGUGGUGUAUAUAGAUCGUUCUGGCAAGAAGACUCCAGUCAAGGCCAAAGUGGGAGAUAAUGUCUUGUAUUUGGCACACAAGAAUGGAAUUGACUUAGAGGGAGCCUGUGAAGCAUCGUUGGCCUGCUCAACAUGCCAUGUCUAUGUGGACUCCGCUCAUUUUGACAAACUGCCAGAACCUGAAGAAAGGGAGGAUGACAUGCUGGACAUGGCACCCAUGCUUCAGGAGAACUCUCGGCUGGGGUGCCAGAUCAUUCUCACUCCAGAGCUGGAUGGCAUUCAGCUCACCUUGCCCAAAGUCACCAGGAACUUCUAUGUGGACGGCCACGUUCCCAAACCUCACUGACAAGAGACGAGAAAGAUAAUGACGGGUACUGGAGAAAAAUGAGAGGGGACCGCGGUGAGCUGGACGCUGCUGUGCUGGUUGAGUGAGGGGUCAACCAUCAAGAGAUAGGCAGCAGGGAGAGUAAAAUCUGUAGCAGCGUCCAAGACGUCUGACUAACUCAACAAUUCCACAUUUAACCAAUGGCAUGACAGGCCUGCAUAACUUCACAGAGAGUCAAAGACUGUGUUUCACUGAAGGUUAAAUAAUGUUUAGUUAAAAAAAAACUAUCUAAUUAUGUAUUUAUUCAUGUGGAGCAUUAAGACACAGUUCAAUUUCACGUGCUGUUCUUUGGGAAGAGGAUUUAAUAGACAUUUCAUGAUUGUGUCACUUGUACAGCUGCUCUUAACACAAUGUCUAUCUUUGUGCUGAUGAUAAAUGAUAAAUGGAACAUUCCUCGUUACCGCUCAUAUACGCACAAAUACCACAAGAUGAUGUUCUUUCUCAUUUUGGUCUGUCCAUCAUCGCCACAGAUAACAUUUACUUUCCUCAUAUGUAUUGGGUUAAUUUGUAGAUGUUGUUUAGCCUUAGGAAGUAUUCACUAUUCUAUUACUCUGAAACCUCAUAUUUACAAACCUCAAAAGGGUUUUCCUGUGCUUUGUACUAUAGACCAAAGUUCCUCUGAAGAUUAAAGGAUCUUAAAUCAAGACAGUUGAAACUUGCAUUUAAUUCACAGCAAACGUUAAACUCAAACAUUCAGGUGAAUUGCGUAUCAGUGGUCAGAUGAAAUGUAUUUUAACACACCUCCUGCCAGGUUAGGGUGAUUUGGCUUGAUUAGUUGAUCUGGUUCAGAUGUGUUUGGGUCCAGAUCAGGGUGGAAGUGCAUGGGAGUCUGUUUUCGAGCUGGUUUACAUGAGUUUACCACAUGUUUUCCUUGUUAACUCUUCUGUAAUCCAGCGUACACACAAAUGUUAGUGAAGUCUGUACAUUGUUUCAUUGGAAAUACUCAUACUUAAGGUUGUGCAAUAAAAUGUUUUAAAAAGG